GCGUUGAAAGACCAGUAAAGUCCCAACCGUUGAUUCUGCAGAGUUGUAAUUUGUGGACACCGUAAUUCGCGUGUUUACGUUUUAAAGUCUCCAACUUUCGUUCUUACCAAAAAAGUCUCGAACUUUCUAAAUUCUUACUCCGAGAUUCUCCGAAAUUCUUGUCACCGGAUCGUUCAGGCAUUGUUUUCUGCAACAGAGAAUUUGUGCAUAAAGAAAGCUCUGACUCAUCACAAAGACUUUUUCUGAGGCAACUUGGCAUGGGAGUUGUGACAGUGUCUAGCUCAGCUUCAAGGACUCCAUUAGGAUUGAGCACGAAAUUGACAAUUCAGAGAUCUACGUUGAGAAAGCCAUUGAUUGUUGCAUUUAAAACAGAUGAAGCAAAUAAGACCGCCUUGGUUGCACCCCAGGAGAAAAUACCAUUGCCUAUAGAAACACGAAAGAAGCACCAAAAGAGACUAGGGAAAGCUAGGAAACUGGCAAAAAGUGUAAAGUCUGCCACUACAGAUGUAGCUUCUCCUUGUACCUUGGAAGUGGAUUACAAUGAAGCCGCUGCCAAACUGGAAAACUUAUACAAGCGUAGCCCCGAGACUGAAGCCAAUUCAGAUGUGGAAGAUGUAGAUGGCUUGAUGAGAAGAGGUCGCAAAAGGAGGAAGAAGACAAGUGAAAGUGAUGCUGACAAAGAUGAGAACAGAACAAGUAACACUGUGGUUAGGAACAGGACAAAGAAGGCUAAAAGGUUGAGUCUUAAUAAAAGGGUUGCAUUGAAAUGGAAUAAGGAUGAGAAAGUAAUUUCUUCAAUAGUUCGAAAGAGAAAAAGUAGAAAGAACGAAAAUGAGAAGAUUGAGGAGCUUGUAAGGGAGUAUUCGACUUCAACUGAUCUGGUUAGUUUGGACUGGAAAAAGAUGAAGAUUCCUCCAGUUCUUACAUCCUCAGAGCAUGCUUGGUUGUUCAAGCUAAUGCAACCUAUGAAGGGUCUUCUUGAAGUGAAAGAGAAUUUACAAAAAGAUUUGGGGAGAGAACCAACCAAUGGUGAAUUAGCUGAGGCGACAAAUAUGAGUGUGGUUCAAGUGAAAAAACAUUUGGAAGUUGGUCGAGCUGCACGAAGCAAGCUCAUCAAGCAUAAUCUCCGACUUGUGUUAUUUGUCAUGAACAAAUAUUUUCAAGACUUCGCAAAUGGCCCAAAAUUUCAAGACCUUUGCCAGGCAGGAGUGAAGGGACUUAUUACAGCAAUUGAUCGCUUUGAACCAAAAAGAAGUUUCCGGCUUUCCACAUAUGGUCUGUUCUGGAUCAGGCACGCCAUCAUACGCUCCAUGACACUCUCAAGCUUUACUCGUGUCUCAUUUGGCCUUGAAUCAGUUAGGGCGGAAAUCCAAAAAGCUAAGCUUGGGAUGUUGUUUGCGCUUAAAAGAAUGCCAACAGAGGACGAGAUAAUUGAAAAGGUUGGAAUUUCCCCUGAGAGGUACCAUGAAGUAAUGAGGGCGUCAAAACCUGUUUUCUCUCUUCAUUCAAGGCAUACAACCACACAAGAGGAGUUUAUAAAUGGUAUUACUGAUGUUGAUGGUGUAGAGGGUGAUAACCGGCAGAAACCUGCUCUUCUCAGGCUUGCUCUUGAUGAUGUGCUUGAUUCACUGAAGCCCAAAGAGAGCUUGGUGAUCAGACAGAGAUACGGGCUUGAUGGUAAGGGCGAUAGAACGUUAGGGGAGAUUGCUGGAAACUUGAAUAUUUCACGAGAAAUGGUUCGAAAGCAUGAAGUUAAGGCUCUCAUGAAGCUGAAGCAUCCAGCUCGAGUAGAUUAUCUUCGCAGAUACGUAGUAUAAAGCGGUCGACACAGCAUGAUCUCCUUAAAAAAAUCUUCUACCUUUGGAUAUUUGAAAUGCUGUAUACUAGUCAUCUGUACCGUAGGAUUUUAACUAGGCCAAAGUAAGGCUGUAAGAAAUUUCAAAAAAGUACAACAGUAAACAUAGAGUUCUCAUACCAUCUAAAUCCAUAUGGAUGACUUAAGACUCGAGAUUCCGUAUAUACCCAUGUAUAGGUGAAACAUGAAAUGUAAUAUUUUUCGACCCUUUAUAGGACAAUAUUCCAUACAGCUACAAAAUGCAAUUUUAGCACACCGAAA